AUGGUCCUUCCACUCCCACCCCUCCUCCCCGCCCCCACGCACCACGCCGAUUGCUGCCUCAGCCUCUCGGCACCGCUGCUGCACGCCCUGGCGCAGCACCUUCCGAAAACAGGCGCAGUGCUCUCGGUCGGCAGCGGCAGCGGCCUGUUGGAGGCGCACCUGGCCGCGCGCCUGGGCCGGCCCGUCCAUGGCGCCGACGUCGCCAACGCCAACCUCUCCGACGCUGCUGCCCUCAACCGCUACCUGCCUGACGAGUGCGCCUGGCCUGUCCACGGCACUUGGGACCUCUGCCCCCUGGCCCAACACGCCCCUGCCUGGCUCUUUGUCUAUCCCCGUGAGCCCGCCCUCGUGCGCCGCUACUUUGACGUCUUUGCUGCCCGCCCGGCCGACCCCGUGCGCGUCGUCGUCUGGCUGGGGCCGAGGGCCGACUGGCCCGAUUAUGAGGCCGUGUUGGCGGGGCGGAAGCACUGGUCUGUCCAUGUCAUCGAGGGGGCGGGGUUGGUGCCUUAUGAGAUGAUCGUCGUCGUAAGGAGGAAUGCCGGGGUUUGA